AUGUCGGAAUACGAUAAAUAUGCAACACCAUUGUCAUCGAGGUAUGCAUCCGAGGAGAUGUCGCUGAUUUUUUCGAUAAGAAAUAGGUUUUCUACAUGGAGAAGAUUAUGGCUUACCUUGGCUAAAGCUGAACAAGAGGCAGGACUUGGUGUUAUUAGUGAUGAGGCGAUUGAUGAGAUGUCGAAACACUUGGAAAUCACCGAUAAGGAGAUCCAAGACGCUGCAAUUGAAGAGAGCAAAGUGCGUCAUGAUGUGAUGGCUCAUGUUCAUACAUUUGGCGAGACAUGUCCCAAAGCCGCUGGUAUUAUUCAUUUGGGAGCCACUUCGUGUUUUGUUACCGAUAAUGCUGAUUUGAUCUUUUUAAGAGAUGCUUACGAUAUCUUGAUACCAAAGUUAGUCAAUGUUAUCGACAGAUUGAGUCAGUUUGCAAUGGAGUACAAGGAUUUACCGGUACUUGGAUGGACUCACUUUCAACCAGCACAAUUGACUACUGUAGGUAAAAGAGCUACUUUGUGGUUGCAGGAGUUGUUGUGGGACUUGAGAAACAUGGUUAGAGCAAGGAACGAUAUUGGUUUGAGAGGUGUCAAAGGAACUACUGGUACACAAGCUUCUUUCUUAUCAUUGUUCCAUGGUGACCACGACAAAGUAGAGCAAUUGGACAAGAGGGUCGCUGAACUCUUGGGGUUCGAUAUCGUUUACCCUUGUACUGGUCAAACAUAUUCUCGUAAAAUCGAUAUUGAUGUAUUGGCUCCACUUGCCUCAUUUGGCGCCACGGCUCAUAAAUUUGCUACCGAUAUCAGAUUAUUGGCCAAUUUGAAAGAAAUUGAAGAACCAUUUGAGAAAUCACAAAUUGGAUCAAGCGCAAUGGCAUACAAACGUAAUCCAAUGAGAUGCGAGCGUGUCUGCUCUCUUGCUAGACAUUUGGGCGGGUUGUUUAGCGAUGCCGUUCAAACUGCUUCUGUUCAAUGGUUCGAGAGAACUUUAGAUGAUUCCGCAAUCAGAAGAAUAAGUUUGCCUUCGGCUUUCUUAACAUGCGAUAUCUUGUUAUCAACAAUGUUGAACAUUACUUCGGGAUUAGUCGUUUAUCCAAAAGUUAUUGGACGUAGGAUUAAUGCAGAAUUACCAUUCAUGGCUACCGAGAAUAUUAUUAUGGCCAUGGUUGAAAAAGGUGGAUCUAGGCAAGAAUGCCAUGAAGAAAUCAGAGUUUUAUCUCAUCAAGCCUCAGCUGUUGUCAAACAAGAAGGUGGUGAUAAUGAUUUGAUCGAGAGAGUUAAGAAGAAUGACUACUUCAAACCAAUAUGGGGACAAUUGGAUGAGCUUUUGGACCCAAAGACUUUUAUCGGUAGAGCACCUCAACAAACGGAAAAGUUUGUUAAAAACGAUGUCGCUAACGCAUUGAAACCUUUCCAAAAAUACAUAACGAAAGAGAAUGUAGCAUUAAAGGUGUGA